AUAAUAAUUUGAAGAAGUUCAAGAAGAGGGCUGAACGUCAAUUCAGUUACACCACUACCGACCAAUACCCGCCUCUUCCCUCCAACUUUAACCGCUUCCCUCCCCAACAAAAAAUCGCCAUUGCCACAAUGAAACAGCUUCACAAGCAAUCAAGCGCAAGCUACCACCUCCGCCGAGACGAAGAAAUACCCACCUCCCAGCCCUCACUCUACUCGCCCAAAACCCUAAAAUACCCCUCAAGAUCCCUCCCUAGAUCCAUCAACUACCUCUUCAAAGAGCAGCGUCUCCUCUUCAUCCUCGUCGGAAUCCUAAUCGGCUCCACCUUCUUCAUUCUCCAGCCCAAUCUCUCCCGCCUCGGCCCGUCCGACCCCGCCCAAUCAUCCUCUACCCACUCCUUCAUCAGAUCCAUCCCCACCGUCCAUUCUUCGUCGAGUUUCCCCAAGCAUUCUCUGUCUGCGCGUGUGCCGGCCGGCAUUGGGCGGCGGAGGCUGCGCAUCGUGGUUACGGGUGGAGCGGGGUUUGUGGGUAGUCAUUUAGUUGAUAAGUUGAUCUCGCGCGGCGAUGAAGUGAUUGUGAUUGAUAAUUUUUUUACUGGGAGAAAGGAUAAUUUGGUUCAUUUGUUUGGGAACCCGAGAUUUGAGCUGAUUAGACAUGAUGUCGUUGAACCGAUUUUGUUGGAAGUUGAUCAGAUCUAUCACUUAGCUUGCCCUGCUUCUCCUGUUCAUUAUAAGUACAAUCCUGUCAAGACUAUUAAGACAAAUGUGAUGGGUACUCUUAAUAUGUUGGGUUUAGCAAAGAGGGUCGGUGCGAGGUUUUUGCUGACUAGUACGAGUGAGGUGUAUGGAGACCCGCUUGAGCAUCCGCAGAAGGAGACUUACUGGGGAAAUGUUAAUCCAAUAGGUGAGAGGAGCUGCUAUGAUGAAGGAAAGCGGACUGCGGAAACAUUAACUAUGGAUUAUCACCGAGGUGCUGAAGUUGAGGUUCGCAUUGCUCGCAUUUUUAACACAUAUGGACCUCGUAUGUGUUUAGAUGAUGGUCGAGUUGUUAGCAAUUUUGUUGCUCAGGCCAUCCGCAAACAACCUUUGUCUGUUUAUGGUGAUGGAAAACAAACCAGGAGCUUCCAAUAUGUGUCUGACUUGGUUGACGGACUGGCGGCAUUAAUGGAAAGUGAGCAUGUAGGGCCAUUCAAUCUUGGCAACCCAGGAGAGUUCACUAUGCUGGAACUUGCUGAGGUUGUCAAAGACACAAUCGACUCAAGUGCGACAAUAGAAUUCAGACCAAAUACUGCUGAUGAUCCACACAAGAGGAAACCAGAUAUCAGCAAAGCAAAGGAGUUGCUUAACUGGGAGCCGAAAAUUUCAUUGAGAGAUGGAUUGCCCCUCAUGGUGAAUGAUUUUCGGAAUCGUAUUCUGAAUGAAGAUGAAGGAAAGAGCUUCAACUGAAACGGCAGAAACAGCAGCAUGUAUAGUGUGAAGAGCAUAUUUGUAUCUUGAUUCUUUUCUUGAUAUUCGCCACGGAAAAUUAAAGCGAUGUGCUUACAAGAAGAUGCAUCUGUAAUAUCUGCAGAUUUUCUUUUUGUUUUAUAUUGCAACUUUUUUCUAGCUCGGAAUUUUGGAGAUAACGAAGGCAUAUAAAGUUGCAAGUUUUGGUGCCAUGAAAAAUGGGUAAUACAGAGCAUUAAGGUAAUGGAUGAAUAUUUUGUCAUUGAUUCAGGACCGAUAAGUUCUAUAUAUCAUCUUUAGAAAACUAGGUGGGUGACAAAAAGAGUGUAAUUAAGUUGCCUUGAAAUAUUGUUUAGUUUGAGUUCGGCUUGAUUAUAAAUUCGAAGCUCGAAAUUUGAUUUGAA